AUGGCCAAGAGCGAGGCGCACUUGGAGCAGGCGCUGGGGGGCCCGGCCCCGCCCGCGGGCUGCCAGGAGACGGAGCAGCUGCUCUUCUCCAGCGAGGGCCCGGGCGAGAAGGGGCUGCGCGGCUCCAAGUCCUUCUCGGGGACCCUGGAGACGGAGCAGAACGGCCACAGCCUCCCCUACAAGCCCGUGUCCGCCGGGCACCUGGACACGGCCCCGCGCUCGCCCUCCCGGGUCAGCCUGGGCCGGGCGUCCUCCAUCGCCACCACCAGCGCCCAGGAGGAGGGCCGGCCGCUGGACUACCUGGUGCUGGCCAUCUUCUCCUGCUUCUGCCCCGUCUGGCCCAUCAACAUCGUGGCCUUGGUCUUCUCCAUCAUGUCAAGGAACAGCGGACAGCAGGGGGACAUGGACGGGGCUCGGAGACUCGGGCGCAUGGCCAGAUUGCUCAGCAUAGUCUCCAUUGUCCUGGGAAUCCUCAUCAUUGUGCUCUACUGUUCGCUCAAUUUCACAGUUUUUCAGACCAAUUAGCAUGAAAAUACCUUGAAGAAGAGGAAGACGUCUUUCCUUCCCAGGGUUUUAAUUUUACCCUUGCAGCAACGUUACAAUUUAGAAGGGUGGCCUUAGGCCCAUCUCUUCUGGAGCAUCGUCCAAGGGAGUGCAUGCAUUUAUUUCACAGCCUCUUGGAAAAUGAUUUCAUACCAACCAAAACAACUGGAGAACACAGCAGCUCGACAAGGACUGGGAAAGGGGUUCGAAUCCCAAGCAGAGGUGGAAUGGAGGGAGAUCCGCUACCGCACUCCUGAUCAGUAACAAAGAUGGUGGGUAGGAGGGAGAACAUGACAAAAAGGGGACAAGGGGAGAACUUCAUGAUGUGGGUUAUUAAAGAACCCGAAAUUUAAUUUUUUUUUAAAAAGGAGAGAACGGGACGUUUUGAGGAAACUUCUUGACAAUUUUGGGACAAAUCCUGUUUUUUGUAUUGAUUAAGUCUCCGUCUCUAUCUAAAAGCUCCAACUGCCAUCAGGAGAUGAAAUCGAUUCAAUGCGGGAGAAAGGAGAGCGCCACUACAGGGGGACAUCGCAUGCACCUUUCUGCAGCUCUGGCCAAAACCACAGCGAAAGGUGGCGGAUCUGGUGGGGGGAUUUUGUAUUUUUGAUGAGAAAAAAAAAAAAGCUGACGACCAUUUGCAUGCCUCUGGGAACGUCCUGCUCCGUGUCCGUUCGUACAAAGCUCUUCUGUCAUUCAAAAGCAUCCCAGAGCUGGGAGGGCAGGGAUUCUGCUGCAUGAGGAAUGCCAGUUUAGCAGGAGAGUCCCGCUCACCCCAACCCCAUGCUGGGGCUUUUAUGGCAGGAAAAAUGUCUUCGCUUUGGAACAAUCCAUUUCUACCUCCCUGCACCCCAGCGAGGGAACGUUUGUGCAGUGGGAAUCUGAGGUAGCAGCGGUGCCCAGGAAGGGAGAGCAGAUUCUGUCCACUUGAGCGUGUAUACCAUGUCCAUCAUGGCUGGAGCUGAAGGCCCAAUCCAGAGCCCAUCACAAUCUCCGCAAAGACACCUACUGGCCUGGAGGGGAAAUUUCAAAGGCCCCAAGGGGAGUCUCUCAUUGCACCCUCGCUCCCCUUUGACAAUCCCCCCAAAUGCCUGGUUUAGCCCCACUUCAGCUGUAACCACCCACGCAUCUGGGCUAAGCUCCACGAAAGGUCAGUUUUUAAGUGUGUUAUAUACAAAUAAUGGACUUCUGCUCUGCAGGGUUCAAAAUCUUUGCCCAUGGCCUUCCCCUCACCUUCCACAACACGGGUUUCACUGCUUGGCAUUUCCCAGCAGCUCAGGGCCUGGGAUUUUCCUCACAGUCCCUUCCCUGGCCUCGUGCCAUACUUCAUUGCCUCUUACUCUGCCUGGGCUUGGUGGGGCUGCUUGUAAUGUACUACGUUCUGCUGCCCGCCUUGUGUGACAUUUCAUCUCGUGAGGUUUUAUUGAUGGCUUUGGGCCAACUGACCCCUGAUCUCCUAUUGGUGCUGUUUGCAAACUCACCUAUGGGGGUUAUACGAGAGCUGCCACUGGGCACACACUGACCAUUCCAUCAUCCACAUCUCACCCAGCCACACCCCCGAUGGCUCUGCGAACCCAGGCAUUGCCAAGCCUUGGCAGAGUACCACACUUUUCCUCCCUCACACCCCUAGUAGCAAUUUUGAGUCUCUUAGGAAGCUCUGAACCAAACCUGCUGGCACUUAGCUGAGAGAAUUCCCUUGCCACCCAUUUCUGUGCUCCUCAUUAAUAUGUUUUCUUUUGCUAGGCUGGCUCAGAACCUCGGUGACAACCACACAAUUCCCUGGGUACACUAGCAACAUGCUUCUCUGGCUAGAAGCAAUUCUUAGGAUGCAGAACCAUUUGACUUUUUGCUACACUACCCUGCUUUCCCCUGCUAUGUUUCCCCUCAUCUCCAGGCUUCAGCUCCUCUCUCCAGCGUCUAGAACACAGCCCAACUCUUCUGCAACAUCCCUCUUGUUUUCUGACUUUGAGUGGUUGGCGCCUUAGGGAGAGCACUGGGAGUUUAAGCAAGGAGGGAGCUGAGGGACAGUAGACUGCACUCAAGCGUGUUUUGAUUUCCCUUUUCACGUUUCAUGCAGAAUAGCUUCUCGCUGAGCAAUGCCUGAUGCACAAGGUGUAAACUCAUGCUGGCUGAGAUACCCAGCUGCCCCAGGCAGCCAAAUACUUCGGCCAGCAACUCAUCAGAAACCUUGGUUGGCCACUUAAGGGGACGGACAGACUGUUAACAGGACUGCACAUGGUACUUUCCCAUGCAGAUCCCCAUAAUCAGCAUGUACAGUUCACAGAAUGUGCCUUUCAGGUUCAUUAUCUCCUUUCUGGCCUGCAUAACGACACUGCUGCCUCGUCAGGCAUCUUCCUGUCCUUUGCUCCCUGGCCCAACCCACUUGCAACUGACAAACUGCUUAGAAAUCACAACAAAAUUGUUGUGCUUAGAAAUCACAACAAAAAGCCUUUUGGAAUGGGAAGAAGUGACACUGAAGGAAAACUGCAGUAAUGAGUUACAAUCCCUUGCAACCAAAUAUUUAUUAAAUAAGAAUUGAAAUGCUACUUUGUAAUUAUAUAGCACCUCUCCUCGAGGAGCGUGAAGCGCUUUACCAAAAUUAACUAACCCACCCUCGACCCCCAUGUGAGGUAGGUACCGGAUAUUGUACAGAUGGCAAAAUUAUGGUAUAGGAAAGUUAAAUGACUUGCCCAAGGAGACAGACUGUAGCAGAGCUAAGAAGAGGAACUAGUUAUCCUGUCUCCCAGUCCCCAGAAGACCAUCCUCCCUCUCAAUUUAUGUAUAUUUUCUUGGUAUGGAUUUUACACACACUGCACUUUCAAAAGGGAAGGUAGAAAUAGCUGUCAUUGCUUCCUUAACCAUGAAUGGUCCCCCAUGGGCAGCUGCCAUUUGAAUGAUCCUCUACAGGAGACAUUCCAGUCUGACGAAGCAGACUGGGACAGAGAAAGCAGAAUUAAUUUGAAUGCAUGAGAAGGGAAGAGCUGCCUUAGAAUGAAAAUUGCAGUGAUGAUGUGUUGCAUGCAUCCAAAUGGGAUUUGCUCUCUAUCUUACCCUACAUCAUCAGGCUGUGAGGACGACAGCUUCCUGUCUCACUGUUAAAUAUAAUAAAAAAGAAAAAUGAAGACACUGACGUUCCUUCAGUGAUUUACUCUCCUAAUUAGACACAGUGAUUAGAUUCUUUUACACUACUCUACACUUUAAAAGCCAUCUCCUUCGUUCGCGUCUUGUGCUUAGAUCCAGUCAAAAGUCUCCAGAGAGCAUUGCUCUAUUCAAUCACAAUCAUACCAUGUAACCACAAUCCAUGAAAGCAUGGCAGUCGGGGAAGAGGACCAAUACACUAAUGCACCAAGCUGCGGUUAAGUGGCUUCCUUUGCUCAAUAUUUCCAUUCACAUACACUUUGUUGUCCCACCCUAAAUGCCUCCUCUCCCUCCUUGGGAUUUACAGAUUUCAAAUACCGUUACUCAGUUAUGCCCCAUCCUUAGUCACCAUUUAGCUAGACUCUGUGUGUGUAUAUCAAUAUAUUUUUCUCAGAAAUUGCCCCUUAAUCAUUCCUGAAUUCUUUCCAGUUUCAGGAUUUAUCUGUUGCUGCUGAGUAAUGAUGGUUGAACCUAAAACUGUUCAGAGUUUCCAUCUGGAUAAGGGCUAGGAGUGUCAGGAGAGUGGUUCUCUGGGGAAAGGUCCUGUCCUUCCUGCUAACAGUGUGGCCAGGAGAAUACCCUGGGCAUGGUGCAGAGGUUUGAUUGGGGUUCAGUAUGAGUUUGUACUUAAUGAGAAGCAUUUGGCUCAUCCCUGGAGCUGCAUGCAGUAGCAUAGAAACAGGCUCCCUGGUACUGUCUAGUGAGGGAUUCGCUCCUCUCUGCUCUGCAGCAUGAUGCUUCUGCAUCUGCAGCCCAGAACUGUAUGGACUUUUCUGCCACUCUCUCAUGGCAAGCUGCUACCCAUUUCGCGGUUUGCUCUCACUCAUGGGUCAUUUAGCAUUUCCAUUUUCCUCCUUCCAUCCUCCCAUGGGAUCUUUGUUUUGGAGCGGUUCCCCCUUCCCCCGACAUGCUAGCUUGCAUUUGUUCAGGAAGAAUCUCUUUUUCAACCCCUAUUUCUCCCUCUUUUCCUGCCCUGACUCAUGUCACAAUAGUGCGUGAUGGCGUCAUGCCCAAGACAUGGCACCGAAUGCCGUAACUAAGACUCUGCUAAGUAUACUUCCUCUUUCCCUUAAUAUCUGCAUCACCAAGUGCGGCCGCAGGGAAUUACAAGAACCUACAUAUUUUGAGGACUUAACAAAACAACAAUGGGAAAAACCCAAAAUAUUUUCAGGUGUGCUGAGAUAUACUGCUGCUGACUGAGGAAUUAUCUAGUUUGAUAGCGCGUUCUCGUACAAUCCACCCUGUUUUCUGCAUCCAACCACCACCGACUCAUUAGUUCCACUGAGUUCACAUAACAGAGGAAGACGAUCACAAACUAGGUAGAUUUGCUCCCUACACACCCACCCACCCUUAUGACUCUGUUCUUUGUUAACUUGCUGCUGCCGCAGCCCAAGCACACACAGCUGGCACAGUCACAGGUAUACGGGCUAUGAAAUCCUCAGGGUUUGGUCCAGUCUUUAAUUUCGCACUCAAAAUUCAAACCCAGCCUACAUUAAGAGAAGCUCCCUACUCCAAACGUCCUUGCUUGAAUCCACAUGAAUCCCAGGGGGUAGAGGCAGACGAGCCGAAUGGUUUCGCCUGCUGUUGGGAUGCUGGUCCUAGGGAUGCUACGAGGAAGGUACUAGCUCGCUGCGAGGUCAAGUGCCAUUGAGCAGAGAAGCAAUUUUGGUUUUAUGUCAGUGUGCUGUCAGGCCCCCUCAUGGACAGGGCAGCUUGGUUCCAGUUACUUGUUCACUGUCAGUUUCACGGACAGAUGCUGCAGGAGAGGCUAGAUGGAUUGUAGCACAAACAGAGGGAAGAAAGAGACAAAAUACCCUAUGUGAAAUUUGGCCCUGUGAAAAUGGAAGAGCCCCAGUGACUGGGUUAGCGAGUCCAGCCCUAGUGCUAGAGUGUCAGACGCCUGGCGAGGAGAGAGCUGGAUUCCACAUCUAAUUAUGGUCUGCUGGCCGGGAUCUGAAUUCAGGACUUUAUACUCUCAGAUCCACAGCAGGUUCCUCACUGAUGGCACUGGGAAGUUUGCAUGACGAUCCCAGCCUUCAUGUGAUGAAUUAUUCACAUUCCCCUUAGCGUCUCAUUCACUGUCACUCUGGGGGGGAGGGUGAGAUCUGCCGCCCCCUAAGGCCACUGCUCUUUCUGCUCUGUGCUUUAAUUUCUUCCCAUCUAUCCUCUCUGUGCUUCGUUCCCUCCCCCCUGCCUGUGCAAGUCUGCAGUUCCAUGCCUGCCUCAAUUCCCAAGUCCCAUGACCUUCACUCCCACUUUCCUGUUCCAGCCACUAAACUGCCCAGCAACGGAACACAUCAUGUUGACAACAAAGUGUCAUCGCUGGGCUUUACAUUGAUGCUCCAAUGAGAUUAACAGGGCACAGGGGAGUUCAUGCCUCAGAGCCAUUGGUUUCAGGCUGUCUGCAGACUCAGGCAGAUAUUGCAUCAGGUACCCUUCCAAAUGUGAACCGAGUUUCUCUGUGCAUCCAGGAGGGCUAGAAACUUACUUGUUUGUGAAAAUUAAAUCUUAGAUUCUGCAUAAUCUGAAUAUGUGAGGCCACCUGCAUGAAUACACAGGUGGGCUCAAUUUGGGCCAUAUAUUUGGCAUCUUUGCCUUAGUCUAUGUAAGUUGGUCCUUACAGCGUUAUGGCUCAAUAAUUAUGGCUGAAAUCUGCAAUCCUGCUUUAAGCCCAUUUUUUACAAAUAUACUUGUUCGUUAAAAACACAACCAAGUUUAGCCUGAAAAUUCACAUGCUUGGCUUCAAGCCAAGGCAGAAAAACCUUUUCAAAAAGUUGUAGCAAGCUUUUUUUUAAAAUAAUUUUUAAUUAGCUGGUAACGAAAAUCGUGUAUCUAUAUACAUAAUCAUGACAAGGAACUUGAGAAACGGAAAACACGGUUCACCAUGCCAAUCUGAUAUCCUUUCUGAGCAGGGACCCUCUGUUUCAGGCCUUUUUACAUGAAGACAAAAAACAGAUCCUUUACAAUGAUCCCCAUUGUCACACUCCCAGGUUCAUCCUGUUCUGAAGCCAAACUGUCUGGAUCAUGCUUUGUACCGGUUUACAGACUGAUCCUUACAAAUAGCCUUGAUGUAACUGGAAUUCCAGCUUGGAGCUCCUUUUUGGUGAUGUUUCCUUUUCUGUCGGAUGCCGUGAUGUAUCUUAUAUACUUUCCUUUGUAUUUCUUGGCAUGAGAACAAACAAUAAAAUGUAACAUGCAUG